UUCUACUUCAACCCAUUCUUUUAUUUAUUAUUUCUCGAGUCCAUUUAAUUCAAACGGGCAAAACAUCUGCUUUCGUCACUAGGGCCCUUCUGUGAAGGAGAAUUGAAGUGUUCAAGUUUCUUGCCUACACAUUAUUUAUUUUAUACUUUAUAAAGCUAGUUGCCUUAGUUUUAGAAACAAGAAGAAAAAAAGGAGCGGCCUUUUUCAGCGAAGAUGAUGAGAUUUUGAUGGCGGCUGCGGCUGAGCAUAAAUAAUUGAAAUAAAAGUGGUGAAAAAUUGGAGAAAGCCGAGAGUUUGCUUCGUGGGGUGUUGAAAAGAUCCCAUGGGGUUUAGCGCAAUGUUCUGCUGUGUGAAGGGUUCAGAUCGGGGAAAAAAACAAGGGAAAAAGGAGACAACUUGGAGGAUUUUCUCUUUGAGGGAAUUACAGUUGGCUACAAAUAAUUUCAACUAUGAUAACAAGCUUGGGGAAGGUGGGUUUGGCAGUGUUUACUGGGGCCAGCUCUGGGAUGGUUCGCAAAUAGCUGUAAAAAGGCUAAAAUCAUGGAGUAACAAAGCAGAGGUGCAGUUUUCUGUUGAAGUCGAGGUUCUUGCUCAUGUGCGGCACAAGAAUCUGCUAACUUUACGAGGCUAUUGUUCGGAAGGGCAAGAACGUCUUAUCGUCUAUGAUUACAUGACUAAUCUGAGCUUGAUGUCUCAUCUUCACGGUCAGCAUUCGGCCGAGUCUCAUCUCGACUGGCCCAGGCGGAUGGAAAUCGCUAUUGGGGCCAGUGAGGGCAUUGCAUAUCUACACCACCAAGCGACCCCACACAUUAUCCACCGUGACAUUAAAGCUAGCAACAUUCUCCUAGACUCGGGCUUCAAGGCCCAAGUUGCGGACUUCGGUUUUGCACGGCUUGUACCCGAAGGUGCAACCCACGUGACCACCCAAAUCAAAGGAACCCUCGGCUACCUUGCUCCCGAGUACGCCAUGCUUGGCAAGGCCUCCGAGGCUUGUGACGUUUAUAGCUUUGGAAUCCUCUUGCUCGAGCUUGCCACGGGCCGCAAGCCCCUUGAGAAGGUGGGCCCAAGCCUUCGGCGGCCCAUAACUGAAUGGGCCUUGCCGUUGGUCCACGAGAGGAAAUUCGAUGAGCUGGCGGAUCCAAGACUGAAGGGGAAGUACGCGGAGGAAGAGAUGAAAAGGGUUGUUUUGAUCGGGCUUGUUUGCGCCAAUAGUCAGCCCGAGAGAAGGCCCACGAUGCUCGAGGUGGUUGAGCUCUUGAGAGGGGAUAGUAAGGAGAAGUUUGGUGUUUUGGAAAGUGAUGAAAUGUUUGGGGAAGAGUCUGUGGGGGGUGGCUUGAAGGAGGCAAAGCAAGAAGAAGAGCAAGAAAAGCAGGAAAUUGAAAAUGUGUGAGAUUUUUAGGGGGCUUGUUUGCAAAUAUGACUUUUGAUUAUUAUUAUUUUUGUUAUUAUUAUUAUUUCUGGUUGGUUGAAUAUGCUUUAUUUCUUCACAAUGGGAGAAGGGAAUUUGUGGUGUGGAGUUGUUUUUAUGUGAUUAUGGCUUGUUUGUGUAUC